CCAGGCCCUGCCCGCACGGCGCAGCAGCGCAGGCGCCCGGAGCUCACGGCCCUCGGCUCGUGUGAAUGCGCUGCGGCCAAUUGACGCUUCGGCGCCUCCGUGAAGCUCGUGCCGGGCCGGGGCUUCGCCAUGCGGGCCGCUGCCUGGGGAUCCCGGGUGACGGCGGGGGGGGACGAGGACUACGACAGCGACGACGAGGACUGCUGGGAUAUCGGCGCGGCGGCCAGCCGGGAGACGAAGCAGCUGGAUCAGGUGUCGCCAGCAGACAAGAAAGAUGUGUUUCAGAAAGCUCUGACAAGUGGUGAUGUGUCGCUUAUUGAAGAACUCUUAAACUCAGGUAUGAAUAUAGAAGACAGCAUUCGGUUUGGGUGGACUCCCCUGAUGCAUGCUGCCAGUGUGGCUGAUUACGCAGUAGUACGUCUUCUCCUGGACAGAGGUGCUAAUGCAUGUUUUGAAAUAGAUAAGUACACGGUGCUGAUGGCAGCAUGUGCUGCUCAUGCUUCGGAGAAAAAGAUCUUGAGGACGGUAGAACUACUUCUGUCAAGGAAUGUUGACCCUAACCUCGCUUGCAGGAAGCAAAUGACUCCACUGAUGUAUGCAGCUAAAAAAGGCUAUUCUCAUGUUGUUAGUCUUCUUGUUGCUCAUGGAUCACACGUAAACGCUCAAGAUGAAACUGGAUAUUCAGCAUUAAUAUGGGCAGCGCACCACGGACAUAAAAAUGUAGUUUUAGUGUUGCUUGAACUUGGAGCUGACAAAAAUCUACAGACUAAGAACAAGAAAACAGCAGCAGAGAUAGCAAAACUCAAUGAACAUUCAGAGAUUUAUAGUUUACUCUCUCUGACUGUAAAUCACUCGCAAGGGAAAUACUGUGGGACAACAAAGCAAGAGACUGUGUACAAAUUUCUGGCAGCUGCCUCUGACCACAGCAGUAGUUCCUGUUCAACUUUUGAUGCCAUUGAGGUCUUUUUACAUGGCAUUGGUCUAGAACACAUAAUAGGAUUGUUGAAGGACAGAGACGUGUACUUAUGGCAGCUUCUGACCAUGCAAAAAGAAGAGAUGAUACAGAUAGGUAUUACAAAUCCUGUAGAUCAAGAGAAGCUCCUGGAUGCCAUUAAAGAGCUGCAAGUGGAAGAAACAAGAUUUAAAGACCUUCCUGAAUUAGCGAAUCUGGAAAUCAGUGGAGAUGAAUGCCUCAAGUUUCUCCAGAAGUUAAAUAAGGAGUGUAGUAACCUGAUUGUUCCCGUGCAGACCAUAAACAAAUAUUUCCUCGAAAAUUCUCACAAGAUGGUACUGCAGUGGGCACCAACUGAAAGAUACAUUGAAGUUUGCAAAGACUUGAUUUGCAAUGUUGAAAAGCUGGGAGAAGAAGUGAAGAGACUGAAUGAACUCGUGGCAAAGGACGAAGAGCGGAAGAGCGACGCCAGCCUAGUGGUGUUCCCAGCAAAAACACUCACCUUGGAAAAAAGACUAGUAAAAAUGGGAGCUAUAACAUUGCUUGGGUUUGGCUUUUUCUUCUUUAUAACUAAGUUAACAGUAAAGAAAAGCUGAGUCUUUCAGUGCCAUGAGUAACUUAGUUAUGUUAUACUUCUCAGCGUGUGCAGCAGAGCUGAAUUUGUGUGAAAAUCUGGGUAGUUUCAUCAUAUACUGAAGGUAAAUGUGACAGAUCUGUUUUGAUCUAGAUGUAAAAUGAUUAAACACAGAAUCUGUUUAAUGUAUCUUAAUGUUUUAGAUUCAAAGUUAUUUCUGGUUUAGACUAUAGAUACAAAAUCUUAUCAAAGCUGCUGGGUUGGUUUUUUUUUUUUGCCCUGAAGUUCUAAUUAUUACACAAUAAUCACUAGUUUUUGGUUUAACUGUUGUUGAACUGUUACCUGUUCAGCUGUUGUUCACAUAGGUACAUGUAAGCAAGCAAUACUGUUGUUUAUCUUGGAUGCUUGUGUUUAAAAUGGCAAUGUGGGUGUGUUCUGCUUUAUUUCUUUCUUUUUUAAACAUUAAGCAUCGUGUUGUUUUUAUGUUGAUGUAUACUUUUCCCAGGUAUAGAUUCUUAUGGAAAAACUUCAUGGGGAGGUGCAUUUGUCACAGCCACCGGACUGCAGAUAUCUUGUCUAAAAGUCACUUCUCAUGAACUGUGCUGUCCACAUUAUGGCUGAGAUGCAUUUCCUGAGGUGUGAUUGUAUCAGCAGUUUUAUCACUAAAAGGAUUGUGAGGAUUGUGAGAGAACUACCUUGGGCGUUAGAGCAUUUCCUUGCUAUUGUAGCUGUGUUACGUGUCACAAGCUCGUUCACAUUGUCUUUGCAUCCAGUAGUUUAUGCAGGUGGAAUUAUUUCAUCCACUCACACGGUGUGUGUGAUGCAGUCUUCAGAGAGGAUUCUGAUCCUUAGCUUUGGUGUUCCUCACUUCUCCACCUCAUUGAAGAUUUGCAAGUAGCUGCCACUCCAGAGCUGCAUUUUCUACCUCUGCUCCAUGUUGCCUUUGGAGAAUGUAACAAAAAUGAAUUCUUUUUCCCACAAAUCUGAAAAAAAUUAUCCACUUAUAUGUGAACCUUUGAAGCUGACCUUGCAGGUGGUGCAGCUGAAUAGGAAAGCUGCUCCAAAAAAUAGAUCUAUGAGCAUUUAACUGAAUUAUUAUAAUGUGAAUGAUGUCAUCAGUGUAAAUUUACCUAUGCAGGAGCAAGGGAGGGAGGGAAUAAUGCAUAGUACUCAUAAAUGUUUUCUAGUUUGAGAGUUACAACAAACUACUCUGUGCAGGAAUGAGCCACGGGUCUGAAUGUUGUGCUGAGCUCCUGAAUACAUGAAGUCAGCAGAUGACAGCUUAAAUUCCAGAUAUCAUCAUUUUACUGCCAUGCUUUUGUGUGUGCCAAUUCAUUGUAUGUUUCUGUCAGACCACCUCAUGGAUCUAAAAAGAGAAACCGGAAUACAGAGAGGGCAGCUUUCUUAUGUUCCCAUUAGGUUGUAUUAAAAAACCAACCCAAAAUGUA